AAUUUAAUGUUUAUAGCAAAAUGGCUGACACUUGUUGGUAUGUUAUGAAUCUAUGAACAAAAAUUUAAUCACCUGAUCGUCCAAUUCACAGCAAAAAUCCGAUAUUCCGAUCCUGUAAUUUGUGAUUCGUUCACAUGUGAAUUUAGUGUGGUUUCGGUGUUGUCUCGGAGACGAAAGUGCAAAAUAUAGUUAUGUUAAAUACUCUUGAGAUGAAAACUCUCGUGAAUUUUCAUGUUUUUCGUUGAAAUCUUCAGGUGUAUGGUUAUUGUUAGUUCCUCUUAUCAUUUGGAAUUAUGGAUAAAAAUACUCCGUUAUUGAUAGCAGAAAGCGAAUUCGACCGGGAGCCAAUUUCCCUUAUGUUUUCGUGCGGAGUCUUUUUUUAGGCUUGUACGGAUUGACAACGCCAACGUGUGGUCUCCUACAAGCACUGUCAACGGCUCCCCCCGAAGAAUGGCCACUCAUUCGCCAGGGUCUGCUAGGCCAAUGUCAGUGGUUGACGCUCAUAUCGUCCAACUGGUAGUUCACCGUGAUGAGAAGGGCUACGGCAUGAAAGUUUCAGGUGACAAUCCUGUGUACGUGCAGAGUGUCAAAGAAGGUGGUCCAGCAGAGAAGGCAGGUUUACAUGCAGGAGACAAAAUUCUCAAGGUUAACGGCAUUACUGUUAUAACCUUCACACAUACCGAUGUCGUGGACUUGAUAAAAUCUUCUUCUCAAGUGGUGCUUACUGUUCAACAAAGGACUAGCAGAUCGAUAAUGAGCCCCUUAUCUAGUCCUCAUGUUCGUCCAUCGACAGCUCACGCUUCCACUACCAUAACAAACCCACAGCCAGUAGACAACAUUAUACAAAUGCAGUUGCAAGCAGAAAAGGAACAGCACUAUCGACUCAUGAUUGAAAAAGAACAAAGAUACAUCGAUGUUCUUAGAAGCCAGUUGGCAACAACGCCCGAUGAGAAAAAGUUCUUGGAACUCACAAAAACCGAAAAAAAUCUACAGACUUUGCAAUCAAUGUUGCAGAGAAAUCAAAGUGAGCUGCCACACUGUGAUUCUACCUCCUCUCCUAUUUCUCCCGAAAUUGGGGCCUUGUCGAACGGUAACUCGGAGCCUCCGCCAUUGCCGAAGAGGAACAACAGAUUUUUUGGCAACAGUGCAACUAACAAACGCAGUAACACUUUCCCUCUUCCCUCUCAUCCCAAUAAAAAUCUAAAUGCGAACGAUGUUCAAGUGGAUAAUCCAAUAUAUUACCCACCUCCCAAUGAACCUCCACCUCCUUUGCCGCCAAGACGGUGUUCGAUGCCUUCCGCUGACCAGAAUCCUUCUGGCGAUGCUGCCAAUUCCAUAAACAAACAAAUGUCAUAUCCUCUUGUGGCUACUUGCGCGACUCUGGUUAAUAACUAUGUUGGUAAUAGUUCUCAUCAACGUACGAAAUCUAGUCCAGAGUCUCUUCUUAAUUUAAGUCCCGCCACUGAGGCAUCCGCCAGACUGAUUAAUUCUGAAAGUAUGAUUGACAUACGUAAACCAGAAUCAUGGGAUGGACCGGAAGCCCCUCCUGGUACACCUCCUCCUCCCUAUCCAUCACCAAGGAUGGAGAGGAAGAAUGCACCGGAUGAUAGUGAUGGAAGGAAUGUUGUGGAGAUUCAUGCGGCCAGUUCCCAAGUUGCGCAACAGCCAAUCAUCAGUAUGGAGGAUGAUGAGGUUUCAGACCUUGAAAUGGAACAACCAGAAGAGCAUAGCCCUUUUAAAUCCUUAUCUCGCCUCUGGGAGAAUCCACCUCAUCUUGCUGUAUUCACGAAUUAUAUCUUAUCUAAUGCAGAUCCGAACAGUCUGUUAUUUUAUUUAUUGACAGACCUAUACAAAGAAGGAAAUGCUAAGGAAAUGAAAAAAUGGGCUUUCGAGAUACACUCGACUUUUCUUGUUCCUGGAGCUCCUCUCAGACUUGGAAAUGUUGAUGAGAAUGUUGCACGAGAGAUCGAUGAUGUUCUUAUGAAGGAGUACGACAAGGAAGAAAUCUUGAGGAAAAUUUUCUGGAAAGCCAGAGCUAGAGCCAAAGAGGAAUUGGGUCGACAAUUAGCCGACUUCAAACAGAAAAGAACAGCAGGAUUGGGAACGAUCUAUGGACCUACUGAUGCAGCGCUGUCGGAAUUGUAUCAUGAUAAAUCCAAAGAAUUAAGGCUCUAUGAAUCUCUAUUCGUAGAGAAAUUGGAGCCUUAUUUGGCGGAGUUGGAUAAGGAAAAUUAUGAACCAAAAAAGUUUUACACUGCGGCUGCGCUGACUACCGUACUGCAGAGAGUAUUUGGUUUACGGUUGACUCUUCCAAUGCUCGAGAGGUGUCCUGUUUUUGUUAAUAAGGAAAAAUCGUUCAAAAAUAAGUUUUUACCCGGUCGCUAUUCUAGAAAGCUAAGCAUUCAAGGACAUCAGUUUACAGCUCAACAAUAUUACACAGUUAUACUGUGCAAUAAUUGUCAUCAAGUAAUUUAUGGCAUUGGACCACAGGGCUAUCGAUGCAGCGAUUGCAACAUUAAUCUGCAUCGUCAGUGUGUUAAACUCUACGACGAUUCUUGUCCAGGACCUGUGAAUAAGAAGGAUCGGGGACUUGGGAAAAUUCUGAGGAUAAGACCGCACGAGUCGGAUCAAAAACGAAAAUCCACCAACAACUUCAUACAUAUGGAAAGGGAAAGAAGGCAAGCUGAAGAAAAAGAUCUGGAGGGCAACGAUAUAGGAGAAUCUAAACCUAGUCAGCCGGUCUCGAGAAGUGGGUCGGAUAGGAGACCGGAUUCUGUCAGAGAGGAAAGUGGUGCGGGAAAAAACCACGAUGGUCAGGCGGGAGGUUUGGUCGACUCUGUCCAGGAUAAGGAUGACAGUCCUAUUGAAAGUUCCGUCAGUCUUCCAUCGAGUGGACAUAAGAAGAGGAAUACGACUAACAUAAAUAGGUCCGAAAGCGUAAAAGAACAAUCAGAAAAGCAGCGAAAGCAGAGGAGGAAUAUAAGUGAUCCUUCACAGAACACAAGUAGCAGCCAUGACAUCGAACAGAAUGCUUUGUCAAAUACGACAGAUUCUGGUAGUUCUUCCAAUUCUAACUCCAGCAUAUCGUUCAAUGGUCGAUUGUCGGAAAGCCCAAGUAAUCCAAACGAUUCCUUGCGUGGAAAUAAGUCCGACGGCGAUAGCGACAUGGACGCAGACUCUGAUCACAUCAACUGGCAGGACCUGAUCAGUACUGAACAGUUGAACAAUCUGCCACCACACGAGAAGAAGAGACAAGAUGUGAUAAACGAAUUAUUUUACACUGAAAAAUCCCAUAUGCGAAGUCUGAAUGUACUCCACAAGAUAUUCUACAAACCUCUACAGAAAUCGCAAGUGUUGAAGCCUGAAGAACUCUCCCUCAUCUUUCCCAAUAUAAAAGAACUUUUGCAAAUCCAUCGGCAGUUCAACCACGAGAUGACUCAAAAAAGAAGGGAAGAUCCGAUAGUGAGAAAUUUGGGAGAUUUGCUUCUCAACAUGUUCAGUGGUAACACCGGAGAAGCAUUCAAAGAGGCAGCUGCAAAGUUCUGCGAGAGACAGCAGUUGGCGCUGGAGCUAAUAAAAGAAAGGAGAAAACGUGAUUCUAAAUUCGAAAGUAUAUUGACUGAAGGAGAGAAAAAGAGACAGUGCCGAAGGUUGCAGUUUCAAGCCAUUCUGCCUGCAGAAAUGCAAAGGCUAUCAAAAUUGCCUCUCUUAUUGGAACGAUUGAUAGGAGCUGUGCAAGAGGGCAACGGCGACGAGGAGGAACUCGGUAAAUUAAAUAAAGCUUAUCAGCUAUCCAAAGAAAUAGUGAACCACGUCAAUGAAGCUGCAAAAAUGGCCUUGAACCAAGCUCGUUUGGAGGAAAUUCAAAGGCAUUUGGACCAAAGCAAUUUCGAAAGGUCUAAUGAUCCAAUUAGUCAAGAGUUCCGACCUCUCGAUCUUACCAAAUACAAAUUGGUAAGGGAGGGUCCAAUGCACCUGAGGAGGCCGAACAAGAGUUCAGUAUUAGUACACGUCCUUCUGAUGGAAGAGGUAGUCGUCAUUCUGCACAAAGAGGGUGAUAAAUAUGUAUUGAAAAAUUUUCACUCUGGCACCUCUGGUCAAACGAAUCCCCUCUCUCCUAUCAUCAAAAUAUCAACGUUGUUGGUGCGGAUAAAUGCUGUGUGUAAAAAUGCCUUGUUUCUAGUGAAUACAUCAACAAUGAACAGUCAGAUGUAUGACCUCAGAGCGGAAGAUGAUGCCAAAAGAGAUGUAUGGUUCAAACAUUUCUCAGAUGUCACAGAUGCCCAUAAUAAGAAAGAAGGCAAAACGAGGCGCCCAGAAUCUACGCCGGAUAAUGAUGAUGAAGAGAGCGUUCAAGAAUUCCCUCAACCCCAGGAUGUAUCGGAGAGAGCAGAAGAAGUUGACCAUGUAGAAAACGAAGAACCUUGCAGGACGCCAUCAGUUAGUGAUGCAAACGGUGGAGCUGAAUUGGACAGUGAAGCUGCUACAUCCGAAGAACAAGAGAAUCGCCCUGAGAUAGCCGAAGGUGAAGGUGAUAGUAAUACAGGGGUGCCAAGUACUGUAACAGCGGAGGAAUGGCCACUGAUCCAGCCGUCACAAGUACAUAUUGCUGUACUUCCAGUACACACAGCUGAAUCCAGACUUACCCCUAUUGAACAAGUCAGACGUAAAGAUGAAGAAGUAAGACGUGCCUUAAAAGAAAAAGAAAAUCUUAUUGCCGAUCUAUUGAGCAUUCCGCAACAAGAAUUUCACACGAUUGCUGAUAUGGUUAGCGAAGAAGAUCAUGCCUCAGAUUGUAUCAACCUCACUGUGGCAUCGAUUUAUCAAACAAACAGUUUACUGAAGAUAAUCAAUGAUUCUUUGAAUCUGUCUGAUGAAAGUGGCAUAAUACAAGCCACAGGUGGACAACAUGUAUCAUGUUCAUCACAAACAGCGAAGAGCAACAGUACUCCAUCAAUUCCAGUGCCACAGGUUCAGGAUAUAGUCAAUAGACUCAGUAAACAUUUGACUGAACUUUUGGAAAAGCAGAAACAAUCAGAAGAUGAGAAAAGUCUAUUGAGAAACGAAUUGUAUAAAACUAGAGAGAAGCUUCAUGAUCAACUCUCUAUACAUGACUCUUCAGGUUCUUCCUCUGUUUUGCCAGAUGCUUCUACACUUGAAAAUAGCGAGGAAGUGGAAAACAGUUCUGAGACAAUAGCGGGAAGUUAAUAAUCUGAAGGCAUGAGCUUUUGAGUAUAUUUUCAAUUCCAACAAAACACGGCUGUUAAAUAAAGCUACUCUGAAAACUUUACACUGGUCCUCAAGGAAUAGAGUUGAAUUCAAAGGACAAAUAAUGUAUUUAUAUAUUUUUCUAUAGAAUGAAAUUAAUAUCAGAUUCGCCACAAGUGCAAUAUAAAUAAUUUUGCUUUUAGUCGAUGUUUUUCAUUAAUAUAAAUCGCUAAAUAACGAUUUUUGAAGUCCUUUUAUUGUAUAUAACCCAUGUCAGACUGCAAUGUUAGUUUAAAAUGUAAGUAAUUGUUUUCAGUGUUUACCAAUUGUUAUAUCCUCUGAAAAUAGCUUAGGUUUAUAUUAUGUUUCUAAUUUAAAUUGCUUGUUAUACUUUCUCAUGAAAUAUUGUAAUUCGCACAUUGCAGUAAUAUCAAAUUAUGAUAUUUUUAUAAUCUUGUUGAGAGCGUUUUUAUCCAGAUGUCCAACUAAUUCUUGCAAGAUCGUAGAACGGUCUUGGUUAUUUGUAUCACCUUUUGUUUUUCUUUUUUCAGAAAAGAAUCGCGUAUUAUCACAUCAAAUUUUGUAAAUAUCAAUAUACAUCGAUCAAUUCAAUAAACUGAAAUUUUAUUUUUAUGGUAUAUGUUGUUUUUGUUUGAACUUUUGUUUUGAAUACAUAUUAUUUUGAGAAGAAUUUCAGAAGUAUAAAUGUACUGUAUAUAACUUACUGGACUAGUGUUUAAAAUUGGUCAACACCUUGUCCUGAGCUUAUUGUAUUAAUACUUCAGGAGUCAGUGUGCAUUUUUUUGUUCAAGCUGCAUUUGUAACGUUCAUUUAUAAAUCUGAAUAUUAUUAGCGAAUUAUAUGAAUGAAUUACACUUAAAAUGUAUAAAUUGUUACAUGUAUUUAUAUAGAAUAACAUUACCUACUUCAACAAAAUAAACAUUACGUUGAUUUAAA